AUGCGGGAGGAGAAGCGUGAGCAAGAGGAACAUCAGGAGGCUAUGCGGCGGGAACAGCUCGCCCAGGAGCUAGCGGAAGCCGAGGGCGGCGGCCCGAUGGACGAGGGCAUGAUGGACGACGUGCAGCUCGACGGUGCGCAAGAUCUGGACGACGAGAUUCCAGAUGCGGAAGACGCCUUUGAUCCGAGCAGCGACGACGAGAGCGAGGAAGACGGCGGCGAAGAGGACGAGGAGAACGAAGAAGGUGAAGACGACGACGAUGAAGAAGCACUACGAGAAGAGGAAGCCGACGAAGAGGCUCUGCGGGAGGAAAGGCAGCACGGCCUGGUGGCGGCGCGCAUGCGCAUGACGGACGACGCCUUCCGGGAAGCCCUCAUCCGCGGCGAUCCCGAAGCGGACGGCAGCAUGUACGGCGGCGACGAGGAUCUGGAGGACGAGGACCGCGAGCAGUUGCUCGACGAAGACGACCUGUACGAUAACACUCUUGACGAUGGCACGGCCGGCGACAUGGAUGCCGACCUCGACGACGACAUUCCUGAGGCCGACGACGACGGCGGGUACGAGCAUACCGACUCCGAGGCCGAAGUUAGCAGCAGCAGCGCCCGGAGCGUCAACGUCCACGAGGAAGAUGAGGAUGACGAGGGAGAGGGGGACACGACGGACACGCACGACCUCAGCUUCAUGCCGUCGCGGGCUGCGCCUCUCGGGACUCCCCAGUCUCCCACGAUGCCGCGGCACGCCGGGUUUCCUUCUGGGUCCCGCGCAAGUUUGGAUUUGAGUGGGUUGCUUUCGCAGGACGAGAGCAGUCUCUUGAUGAUGAUGGAGAGUAGUCCUGCCGUGACGACCAGGAGAAGGGCAGGACAGCGGAAGUAA